UUCUGUGGAGGGUGGGUAUCCUCUCCGCUUCGCCCGCCUUCGCUUGGUGAGGAGUGGCCUCUUCCGGGUCGCUCUGGUGUGUCGGUUCUGAUGGAUUCGAAAAAUCGUAACCCUAACUGGGAUCGUUGGGGUCCGAAGGAGAUGCCACAGGGAUCUCAGUCGUGGGGAAAGAAUCGGAACCUUAGCUGGCGUUUGAAGACUGGAUCUGGUAAAUCUGAGGUCAAAGAUGAUAUUCCCGUCUCCGCUCCCGGUGAUUCCGGUCUGCCAGGUAUUCUCAAAACCCCCCCGCCCCCCAUUCUAAAAUCUGAGAAUGAUUUGGUGCGUAGGGUUUUUUGCCAGAAAUGUGGUUUAGACGGUCAUCAUGCUAGGGAGUGCUUUAAAUCUUUGUGGUGCGAAAUCUGUCGCAAAGAAACCCACAAUACUGCUCGGUGUGUUCUUCCCAAACAGAAUAAGCCAAGUAUGCCGAUUGUUGGGAUGGCGGCUGAUGGGCUAGGGUUUUAUUCCUCUCAUUUCGCCAAACCCUUAUCCAACAAACCGAAACGCAGUUUUAUCGGCUUGGUUAAAAUCGUUGAGGGUUUGAUCACCGCCGAAGAUUUGGAGAAGGAUUUCGGCUUUCACUUUCCUUGGGGCCGUGCUUGGAAAGCUACUAAGUGCCAUUCUGGUUUUCUCAUGCAAUUCCCCUCUCAAGAGAGACUGGAUGAAAUGAUUAAUUUCCCUGAAUUGAAAAUGAAAUUGUCUGGAGCCAAAAUCUCUGUCUCUUCCUGGAGUUCUCAGGCUAAGCCUAAAUCUAAACUGCAUUCGGUGUGGAUUGUGGCUGAGAAUGUGCCAGAAGAGCUACAAAAUUAUCAGGCCAUUUGUGAAUUGGGAUCCACUAUUGGAGCAGUGGAAGAAGUGGAUAUUAACUCUUUAAACUCUAAAGAGAUUGUGAGGUUUAAAGUUCAUGUGAAGAGUGUUGCUAUGAUCCCUCCUAUCAUUGAAGUUGGUGUCAAACCCUUUUUGUAUGACAUCUACUUCAAAAUUGACAACAUUACUGAUGAAGGUUGGAAUGAUGAUUCUGUAAAUCUGGGUAAGAGGGCUUCGGUUGAUAGACAAGGGUUUGGUGAGAUUUCUCUUGGCAAAUAUGCUAAAAAGGCCAAGAGUGGUGAUGAGGACUCUGGCAAGGAUAUCAAGGGAAAAUCUCCCUUAAAAAUAUCCUCUAGUCAAGUCAAUGUUGCUGGUUCCCUUUCUGAACAAUCCGAAAGCAUGAAAAUGGGAAAAGGUUCUGAAGAUCCUAAAGGCUACCUUGAUAGUCAGGGAAAUGAAGAUGAAGAAUUCAAUGAUAGUGAGGAUGAUUUGUUGGAUUCUCAGGAGUUGGAUGAAUUCAUUAAGGAUGAUGAUUUUAUUCCUUCCCCUGCCCAAGAUAAAAAAAAAUUACAUAUGAGUAUUGUUGAGGAUGCUAGCAAGAUUGCUGGUGGUAAAAAAAGUGGUCCUAUGGAAAUGGAAACUUCUGAAGGUGUGAGAAGGAGUAGCAGACUGGAAUCUUCUGAGGAAGUAAAAAUUGCGGAUAAGGCUGCUGCAAGAGCUAUGGCGAAAGAUGCUUUCAUCAAUAAAGGGGGGUAAACAGUCCAAGAAAUUUCAUCUGGCGGAUUGGGUGUCAGUGUGUUCUCCCAAAAUUCAAGAAAAAGAAGGUGCAAAGAAUGGUGGUGCUAGGAAGCAGGUUAAUCCGAAAGACGGCAAGUGAAGCUUUCGGGAGGGCCUUGGGGUGGUGUCCUCUUGACAGGCGGAUUUCUGGUUGACAUAAAAGAUGCUGAAGCCGUGAAAACUUGUUGGGAUAGUUGUUUGUCUUUUGUUGGCCUUUCUGGUCAGGUCUUUUGUGGCUUCUGCCUGUCUUGAUGGGUUGUAUAUAAGAAAGUCUUAUGUAGCUCUUCGUAGGCCAAAACUUCCUCUGUUAUCGUAGUCUCUUCACUGAUCUUGCGUUAGUGUUUAGAGUCUAGAUAACUCUCUGGCCGUGGCUGUUCUGUUUGGAAGUCCUACCGCGUAGGUGCAGUUGUUUCAUACAUUCCUAUUUCUUAAUGAAAUAGGGGGCUUCGCCCCUUCGUCAAAAAAAAAAAAAA